AUCAAGUUACCUAAAGUGAACUAGAAAGGGCAUCUGUGAUCUAUCUGGAUCAUUCUUUCUUUCUUAUCUCCUUUUCUAGAGAUUACAGAUAGAAAGUUCCCCUUCAACUCUCUCUCCUCUCAAAAAGAUGGCCGGAAUCGCCUUUGGUCGCUUUGAUGAUUCCUUCAGUUUAGGCACUCUCAAAGCCUAUCUCGCUGAGUUUAUCUCAACACUGCUCUUUGUUUUUGCCGGUGUUGGUUCUGCCAUAGCCUACAAUAAGGUGACUGCAGAUGCAGCUCUUGAUCCUUCCGGGCUGGUAGCCAUAGCCAUAUGCCAUGGUUUUGCUCUCUUUGUUGCAGUCGCCGUUGGAGCCAACAUCUCUGGUGGCCAUGUCAACCCAGCUGUCACCUUCGGCUUAGCUCUGGGUGGGCAAAUCACAAUCCUCACCGGUAUCUUCUACUGGAUUGCCCAACUUCUCGGUUCCAUUGUUGCAUGCUUCCUUCUCAAGGCUGUCACUGGAGGCUUGGCAAUUCCCACACACAGCCUCGCCGCCGGAGUUGGCGCCAUUGAAGGCGUAGUCAUGGAGAUCAUCAUCACGUUUGCUUUGGUUUACACAGUGUAUGCUACAGCAGUUGACCCCAAGAAGGGUUCACUAGGCACCAUUGCACCCAUCGCCAUUGGUUUCAUUGUUGGUGCCAACAUCUUGGCUGCCGGCCCAUUCUCCGGUGGGUCCAUGAACCCAGCCCGAUCCUUCGGGCCUGCUGUUGUUAGUGGCGACUUCCACGACAACUGGAUCUACUGGGUUGGGCCUCUGAUUGGUGGUGGGCUGGCUGGGCUUAUCUACGGAAAUGUGUUCAUGCAUACAGAGCAUGCACCUUUGUCCGAUGACUUCUAAUUGAGUUAAGCAGACCACCUGUGCGCUUAAUCUUUUGGCCUUUGUAUGCAAUAAUCAAAGAAGAAAUUGCAGUUUUUGCUUUUGCCUUCUCUUUUUGAUUUGUUAUUGUAACGCUCUGUUCCUUUCAAUUGUAUGUUGCUUUGUGAAAACGGACAAGGUUUGCAGAUGUUUAGCUUUAGCCACUUCUCUUGAAAGAGCUAAUGAGAAGGUAAUUUGUCUUAAACUUAUAUUAAAAUAUAAAUGAUUUUAGUUU